AUGUGUGAUUAAACACCAAUUGAAUAUCGUUCUGAAUUCGAAUCAUCUCCUAUGAAUUUCUGUUAGGCUAACUUGAUUCUAUUUUAGCCUAAUAGCCCUCUAUAAUUAAGGAUAAAUUGCAGUCCUAAUAAUUUGCUUCUACAAGAUUAUUACUCUGCACAAUUAAAUUAAAAUUAAGAAGAUCUCUUCCCUUUCGAUUAAUAGCCACUCUAAAAAAUGUUUGAGCUUCAAAUAUCAAAUGAGGAAUCAUCCGAAAUCUAAUAAAUAGUUAUUAAAUAGUCUCAUGCAAAAUAAAAAGGAUUUUAAAUAUUUCAUGUCAAUACUCAAUAAAUGACACCUUAAAAAUAUAAUAAUCAAAAAAUGAAUAGACACCAAGCAUUUUUGAAAAACAUAUCUAAUUCAGAAAAAAUUGAAAAGAAAAAUUUUAAUUAAUAUCAAUACUAAGAGCAAACUCCUUUAAGAAGCCAGAAAGGUAGUUAAAUGAAUGUAUAUAAGGAUUGCGAAAUUUAAGUGUUAAAGUAAGAGAUAUAGUUAUGGAACUAAAAUCAACAACUUACAAAGAUGUUGCAUAAAGAUUAAUUUAGGAUUUAGGCCAAGAUGGUUAAUUGUUAGAUUUAGAUAAUGUAUGAAUUCUAUUGAGUUAGAGCCUAAAGAUGAGUAGAAUAUAAAAAGAAGAGUUUAUGAUGCAUUAAAUGUUAUGAUAGCCUCCAAAGUUUUAAAAAAAGAAGGAAAAAAAGUUAUUUCUGGUAUGUAAGGGAAAACUAAAACGAGAAGAAAUGAGACUGAUAAUUAAAAGGAAGAAUUAGUAACUAAUUAAAAUGAUUUAGUAAACCUCUAAGAGUAUAAUUAAAGAAAAGAAAAAAAGGCUAAAGGAAUUAUUCACUAAAAUGAUAGCCCUAGAAAAUUUAAUUAAAAGAAAUUCUACAAAUGAGUUGAAAAAUAAAUUUAUGUUCCCAAUUUUAACACUCUAAGGAAAUUAAUAAUAGAUCAAACUUCGAAUGGAUUCUAAAGUGUUAAAAAUUAUGAGCUAAUAGAGAUUGGUAUUACAUGCUGAUUUGGAUAUUUUGGUUUAAAUGAAGAUGUAAUUGAUGUAUAAAAAUGAUGAUCUUUUGUAUAUAUUCAUCAUAAUUAGUAUUCCAAAUGAAUUACUUGAUAUUGUAUAAGUAAAUGAGUUCUGUUUUUGA